GCUGCUGCGGAGUAGCUGCUUCCCUUCCUCCUCUCCUGGCGGCGGCGGCGGCGGCGGCGGCGGCGGCGGCGGUAGCGGCGGCAGCGGCGUGGACGGGGACGCGGGGAGCCGGCCAGCGGCGCAGCUGCAGCGCGGAGCCCACGGGCCACCGGGGCCGCUCGAGCGGGCGGACGCCGAGCUCCGGGCCGACCCCCGGCGCACGGCGGAGGCCCAGGGGGCGCCGGAGCCCGGGGCGCGCGGCCCGGGGUCGGGCAGCUGCGGGCGGCGGGCCGAGCGGGAGCCGUAUGCGUGCAUGGAUCCGGGCACCGCGCUGCAGAGGCGGGCCGGGGGCGGCGGUGGUCUGGGCGCGGGCUCCCCGGCGCUGUCGGGUGGCCAGGCCCGCCGGAGGAAGCAGCCCCCCAGGCCGGCUGACUUCAAGCUGCAGGUCAUCAUCAUCGGCUCCCGCGGCGUGGGCAAGACCAGCCUGAUGGAGCGCUUCACCGACGACACCUUCUGCGAGGCCUGCAAGUCCACCGUGGGUGUUGACUUUAAAAUCAAAACUGUAGAACUAAGAGGAAAGAAAAUUAGAUUACAGAUCUGGGACACAGCAGGUCAGGAGAGAUUCAACAGCAUUACCUCAGCUUAUUAUAGAAGUGCCAAGGGGAUCAUAUUAGUAUAUGAUAUUACUAAGAAGGAGACAUUUGAUGAUUUGCCAAAAUGGAUGAAGAUGAUUGAUAAGUAUGCUUCAGAAGAUGCAGAACUUCUCUUAGUUGGAAAUAAGUUGGACUGUGAAACUGACAGAGAAAUCACCAGACAGCAAGGUGAAAAGUUUGCACAACAGAUUACUGGGAUGCGGUUCUGUGAAGCAAGUGCCAAGGAUAACUUCAACGUGGAUGAAAUAUUUCUGAAACUUGUUGAUGACAUUCUGAAGAAGAUGCCCCUGGAUAUCUUAAGGAAUGAGUUGUCCAAUAGUAUCCUCUCAUUACAACCAGAACCUGAGAUUCCACCAGAAUUGCCUCCGCCAAGACCACAAGUCCGAAAAUGCUGUUGAUUCGCUACUUUGAAGACAAAGUGGAAAUAAUUCCUGAAAAGGGGAAAAUGUUCUAUUAUGCACUACAAUCAUUUUGACAAUUCCUUUCGCACUUUGUAAUCCAAGUCAGAGCUAUACACUAACUUGUAAAUAUGCAAAUAAGCAAUCCUGGGUAAGUUUUGGUUAUAAAUUACAUAUUUCCCUCCAAAUUAUUAUAUUUCAUUCAUUAUCCCAGUGUCUAGUGUACAUACACUGGGAAACAUAGUACUUCUAAUAUGAAGAAUGGGAGAAAUGAAAGGUAUAAUGUUUCUUGAAAUAAAUGUCCUUGUUAAUUAUAUUAUGAGGACAGAAGAUAUUCUGAUAAGAAGAAAGAUUGUGGUGCUUUGCUUACUGUUUUAAAGAAAAUUUGUAAAACUGAAGACUUUUGGGGGGAAAUACUAUCUUAAGUGCUUUUUUCCUUUAUUUACAAGACCUUAUCCCCAGCUGUAGCAUCUUUGAAGUAUCGGAGUGUUUCUGCCACAAAGCAAAGCUCCAUUCAUAGCCGUCAUUGAAGGUUAUUUAUUAAUGUUAUGUAAUGGUAGGAUAUUCCUAGUUAGAGGAUAGGAUUUGACUUGGUUCUGAGGCCACAGGGUCUCUCUCAUGGUUUCCAAAUGGACAUACCUUAUGCUUUUAAGAACUGAAAGAUUCAAUAAAGAAAGAAAUGUUUUUGGAACUAUAGAGGAAGAUUUUAAAACAACGCUGCUGUCCUAAACAAAUCCUGUUUAAAGGAAUUUUAAAUAGAUACAUUUUACUAUAUCAAAGAACAUUCAUGUAUUUGCCUAAACAUUCUAUAUCUUUGUAACGAUAAAACUUCGCCCCUUUAUGAUGAAGCUUAUUCCUCCUAUUAAGCCUAGACUGUGUUCAAAUUUUUUUUUUUUGGUCUGAUAAUGAAUUUGUGAACUCUAUCUUUGGUAUAUCUUUUAUUAAACUGCACUGUUUUGUUUAGUCAAGAUAAGUAAUUACGUAUUUGAAUAACUUGGCGUGUCUUGAGUGUUGUGAUAUGAAAAGCAUUGUGGUCUUUCUACACUAAUGAAGUGCAAAUAAAAUUUUGUAUUUAUGAAUGACA